GGUGUGCAUGUCGUAAAUUACAAACAAAAGCUUGCGUGGGGAGGCAUUGGGAUGGGCAUGUUUCUACGUUGGCAUUGCAGGAGUAACAUUUGGAUCAUCCUACUAUCAUCUCAACCCUAAUGAUGCCACCCUUGUGUGGGAUCGCGUGCCCAUGGCAGUUGCCAUGGCGGGUAUCUUGACAAUAUUUGUGAUUGAAAGAGUGGAUGAGAAGAAGGGAGUCUUGUCUCUUAUUCCCUUCCUUUUGUGUGGGGUUGGUAGUGUUUUUUAUUGGAGAUACACGGGCGAUCUCCGACCGUAUGCCGCGGUGGAGACGAUUCCGGCCAUUGUAGUGGUCCUAAUGGCUAUAUUGAUACCUCCAAAGUAUACUCAUUCAACAUAUUGGUUAUGGGCAGCAGAAAGCCCCGAAUUUGGGCGGCCGGAGGCGGUCUACUUAAACCGCGGUUGUGCUUCUGGCUUCUCGAUCCUAAUUGGGGUUGUAGUUUCUACUGGUCUCUGGUUUUCUCUCUAACUGCUUCGCCAUUUUUCAUAUCUUUCAUAGCUAGAAAAAGGGAAGCAAACGCAAGGUAAAGGAAGAUGAGGAGAAGGACAAUCGCUAUAUGGGGAGUCGCGAUUCUGUGCUUCGUGGUGCUCAUGAUUGCCACUCCAACAAUCUCUCAGUCUCAAGAGUACCACGACUUCGCUGAUCAGCGCAAAUUCUUUGGUUAAUUUCA